AUGGAUGAGCUCGUACACCACUGCGUCCGAGAGCUGUCUUUCGACGGAGAUCUAGGGUGCAGUGUAUCCAGAUUGCGGGACUUUAUCUCGGAAUUCCACUCCCAAGACCCCGCUCAUCCCCAGACCGUAGACGACGCUUAUUGCGCGUUCGUAUGGUCCGUCAUCGUAGAACACCCUGCAGUACGUAUAGGCACCGUCCCCCCGGGCGAUACCACCGAGGUGUACAUCGCACCCCAGACAAGUGCGAAGAGGAAAGCAAAGGAGCGGGGAGAAGCGCACGAGGAAUCCGCCCCGGCCACAACGCUCGAUGUCAUUGAAGAUGCGAAGUCGAAGAGUCUCGCCGAGCUUCAAGUUCAGUAUGGAAACACCCUGCGGAUUGCUGUGGAUCCUGAGACAUCGUUCGCUGCUAUUACAGGUUCUCAUAUCCGACCCUCGAAACUUAGUCCGAUGGUGUAUACGGCUCUGCAGCUCAUUACCCGAGGCCGUGAAAACGGUAUCAGCGUCAUGGACCUAGGGAAGAAAUCGGGAUAUGACCAAAAGACGUGCCAUUACCUCGUGAACCAGCUCCUUGACCUCGAUCAUGUUGUGAAGAUCAGGCGCGGAGGCGUCGGCUCCAAUUUCUGUAUCCACAAGUAUUUUUUCGAGCGUAGCCCACUAUGGAGACAAAUUCGCAACGAGGAACGGCAAGGGAAGAUGGGCGAAGCUGAGGCCCAGCAAGAGCGAGCACGAUUAGAGGAGGAAGGCGAGGCAGAGAUCUCGGGACCCAGCCAGGUUCACUUUGACCCUAUCGACGCACGACAUUUGUCAAGUCUGCCUCUUGUCAAGGCGCGCGUUGUCAAGCUAUUGAAGAGCUGCAAGAAUAAUAUGCACGUAUCUCAGAACAUGCUGAUCAAGAUUGGCUUCUCCAAUCCCACCAAGACGGAUCGUCGCUUUUUCAAUACACGGGUGAACGAUCUUAUAGCACAGGGUGUGGUCGAGAAGUUGUAUGUGCCCAACCCGAACUCGAGGCUCAAGAAGAAGAGUUGGGUGCAGUGCUUGCGCCUGCAGACUGCAGACAAGAGCCAGUCGGGCGAAGUUGAGGGCGCUACUAGUCAGAUACCUGGUGAAGCCGCUACGAAUGAAGUAGACGCAGAAGAAUUAUACGGGGACGACUCCGGUAGCCUCAAAGUUAACCUGACACUGCAUAAGCAACUUGUCAAUCUACUGGAAGGGGCUGGUACUAGAGGAAUGACGCUGAAUGAGCUGUCUGACACCCUCGGACGCUUCGACAAGCGGACCAUCGAGUUGCUCAUGACACGGCUAGAGAAAUACCCUCCCCCGGCGCACAUUGCAGAUCUCGGUGUUGCCGAGUUAAUGGAGACGCAUGGUCGAGAACGCAGGCACAGGUAUUACACUGUCGCUGCGUAUCACGCAUUGGUUGCCCGGGAAAAUCUGCACGAUUCAACCAGCCGGUAUACAAAUUUUGAGUUCUCCUCAGUGGGGGAUUUCCUUCCCGUAGACUUAUCCUUGUUUUACGAGAAUGAGGCUGCGCUACUGUGGCAUCAAGACAACACCAUAGACCAGAAGCAGGGCAAGUCUUCUGCGUCUGGCAAGCCGCGUGGAAGGCCAGCGAAAGCAGAAACUGCGAAAGGUAAGGCAAAGGACAAUGUGACGGACUCUACUCCCAGACAAAGAAGGAAUGCGGCGGAUCCCGAUGGCGCGGGUGAUGCGCAGAAUAAUGAUCCCGCGGAGAGUGCGACCCCUCGAAAGAGAGGGAGGCCUCCUACAAAGGCGAAGUUGGAUGCGACUCCGGGCUCAACAUUGAUGGUCCCUGUCUAUGGCACCGCUGAAGUCUUUCUUGGUGAAAGCCAACCUCCGCCCAAGAAACGCGGUCGACCCUCCAGGGUCAAGAGAGAGAUCACCGGAGACGUAAUCGAGACGACUACUUCGACCGCCGCUGUGGCCGAAGUCAUCCCUUCUCCUACUCCGCGCAAAAGAGAUCGACCGCCAAAGCGGGGCGGUGGAGGUGGAGGUGCGAAGAAGAACGAACCCUUGGCGGAAGACAUGGAUCCUGAAGGGGAUGCGUCACGGUCCACGGAAUGUGUCCCGGGAGUAUCUGAACCCAAAAACGCUGUUCAGCCGGCACGAGCGGACACUGUCGAUAGAAUCCGGCCUCUCGAUCCCGGUCCUGCAAACGUGUCACAAUUGCGCAGGGAAAACGAAAUCCUCCAGCUACUACAAGAAAUGGGUGGGAUAGCCUUGACUAGCGGCAAGGAUUUCGUGGAUGCUCACGUAGACUUGAUCCGAAGACUUGCCGAGGCUCGAGAACCUACUUCUGCACCAGUGGGCAGCCGUUUAGACAGGCGCACAAUCGAAAGCGUCCUGAAUAACCUAGAAGCUCGGGAAAAUGUGAAGACUUUGAAAACUUUGGUUAAGCUACCGACAGGGUCCCAGCGGCCGGCACGGGUCACGUAUCUGCCACAUGUGUCUCAAGACAAACUCAACGCUUUCUUGGGUGAGCUCGGACGCACUCUGCUGAACAUCCAACCGUCCUCGGUCAAGAAAGUAGACGAAGAGAUAGCUUUCUUACCGGGGCAAGACAUCGAACGCGCAGCUCUACCCUUGCAGUUACUUCGUCUGGACAAACCGUCAGGUAACGAUGAUGAGCGCUGGUCUAGGAACAUUGCCAGAGCAGACCAGCUUUUCAACUAUGACGAUGAAACGAUUCGGAACGUCUUGUUGACAGAGAAUCACACCAGGGCACAACUGUAUGGCUUCAAAGUUGGUAAGAUGGUAAGGGCCCGCCGACUCCACUUACACAUGCUUCGCUGCUUUGAGUUCGGCCAAGAUUCAUCGCGCAUUGUCUCAUUCGAUGACCGUAUCGUGGAUCUCUACUAUUUCUUCAAUGACCUUCCGGCUGAGGUUUAUUUUGAAGUGGUGUCGGCCUUAGCAUAUGAUGAGAGGCUUUCAGCGUUGCUCUAUUCGGAGCAAGGGAGGCGAAUGCCAGUAGGUGAAAUCGACCAACAACUUCACUCAGUACUGCAGAUAGGCCGGUCGAGGGCUCGCGCUCGCAUCCUGGAUAUCUUAGAGAUGCUUCGCGACCUCGAAGUCGUAACCCCUUUAGAGCCGACGGAAUCAGGAACUGCCCAGAUUAGCUGUGUAACUAAAUGCGACUACCCUGCCGACUACUCUAUUACAUCCCUUCAAGACUGGACACCCCACUCAGCGCCUCAAUAUUGGCGUUUCCACAAUUCUGCCCCUAUUCGUUUGUGGGCUCUUCCGGAUACUCUACCUGCCCUAUGGAAGAAGGUCCCGUUGGUUACUGAAGCCGAUGGUAAACUGUACUGGGAAGAGCUGCAGAAAGUGUCAAUGAAUACAGACUACGCCAAACAGUUGAUGUGUCCAGGAAACAUCGAAUUGCCAGAGGACGCCCGAGCCUCCCCGGCUGUAGGGAGAUCCAUUCGCCGCGCAGGUGCAUGGAAUGAUGCCUAUGUCCUAUCCUGGCAUCAGAGCCAGUAUCUGAAGAAAUUCGUAGAUUCGUCUACAGGUCGGACUCCUCUCGAGGACGAGGGCAGCGCCGAUGCGACGUUACAGCGGAUUUGCUGGGUUGUCUGUGCACCUGUCGAGGUCGUUCGUGAGUUCUUCAUCGCAGCCCAGGCACGAUGCCGUCGAGAAUUGGAGAUUGCUGAGAAGAAGGCUCGAAGGAAGGCUGCGGAGGAGUUAGCACAACAGACGGUUGAAGCAAAGGCGCUACUGGCCCAGAAAUCUGCUGAAGGUCGAGCUAAGAGGGAGCAAGAGUGGGACGACCUUCUUCGAAGGGUACACCCAGAGCCCUUGUCUGAGUCUGCUAUGCGUCGAUUGCGCGUUGUUCGCACUCGUUUCAUGCAGUCAGGUUCUGGCCCAGAUGCUGGAAAUUGGGAAGAAGACAUAUUGCGCGUCGUCCGGGAGGCCGAAAUUGUUGCUGAGAAACUACCUGCCCCCAAAGCCCCUCCACCUGCCCAUCCGCCGCCCGUAAUCCCGAACGCGCCGUCCCAAUCUGUGGAGGUGCUGGUAGGGCAGCGAGCUUCGCUCUUCCGGAUGAAACCCGAAGAGGAAGCGGAGAAACAGCCUAAGGGGAAACGCGAAGAGAAGAAGCCCCAGAGGAGAAGCCGACUUCUCUGGACGAAGGAGUAUGAUGACCUUGCCAAGGACGCAUCUGUCAUUAUCAGGGCCCGCUGUCGUGGUCAACGCAUUGACUGGGCGGCAUUUGAUCAACUGUUCCCCGCUGCGUUCAGGAAUUCCGUCCGACAAAGGGUCGCUAGUCUGCGAGAAGCCCCAGGUGCCGAGACCUACAUGCAACGGCUGGAAGACAAAUGGUACGAGUUAUGGACAAGAUACAGAGGAAGUGCCUUCCUACCAGAUGAUGAUCCCCCGACCCCAUCAAAUUUCAAUAUCAUCAUGCACAUUGACUUCCUGCGCAGGCAUAUUGAUAAGAGUGCAAUACUUGCAGGCUUCCAGGAAUCUGCAGAAGGGAACCCCACCAUCUUACCGGCCAGCAUAGAAGAGCUCCAGAGAGAUUAUGACAUCGUAGAAAAGUCUAGCACCGAGUCAGCCUGGGAUUUCGUGUGGAGUACCAGUGCAGACGACGAUCGCGGAAAGAAUAUGGCAAGGCAGCCUUUUCUGGCAGAGACACACGACAACUACGUCGUUGUGGAGGACGCGUCAGAGACAGUCCGACUAGCAGAAGCCGCGUCGAAGAUGGUCCUUGGUACUCCCAACGAGGUGUAUGAUUCUGAGGUGGCUUCUCGGAUGUUACACGAUGUUGGCGAGGAGCCCGUUUCUGCGGCGACUAAGAACAUGCUCGAGCGGGGCGUUCUCUCGAAGCUACACCGCGACCCAAAGAAGCCAAAGCCUGGAAGGUCGCUCAAGAUCUCGGACAUGAACCAGAAUGCAUUGGGAGGCUCAUUCUCCAGCGAUCUCUUCCAGGAUGCUUCUGCGCUGGAGGACAUUUGCUUCCUGCAAGACGGUGAAUGGCGCGAAUGGCCGCUACUUGCGACCGAUGGUGACAUUGCGGUAUUGAUAGAGCUUGCCUCAGAGAAUAAGGCUGAGUUCAAGGUUGAUACGUCACAUGCCCAGUCCGUUCGUCCCAUGAUAGACUGGAACAGCAAGCGAGCAGAUGAUGAUCAGAUUGAGACAGCCAUACACGUCCGAUUCCACGACCUUGACGACCCUGUCAGUGAACUGUCGCCUGCGCGGCAGCCAAACACACAGGCUGAGUUUCCCGCCGGUGUUGAGUACACCGGUACUGUGACGGAACACGGGAAGACGUGUGACGGAAAGGCUGCCGCGUGCAGAGUAACAGGCUCGGAAGCAGUUGACUGUCAGGGCUGCCUCGCGGCGGAGCUAACGCGGUUAAAAUCCGGGUCGAGCGAUGAGCAGGCUAAGAUCAUAGAGCAAACCGCACGAAUCUUACAUGAAAUGGGACCGUCGGGCAUUUCGGCGGAAGAGCUUGUAGCUAAAUCUUCGAAGGAAAAUGCCGAAGUACGACAAGCCAUUCAUCUUCUGGCCGACGGGCCUAUUCCUGUGCUGCACAUAGUAGGAUAUGCCGACAUUGUGCUAGUGUCGUCCACAAAUGUCAGAUCGUGGACAGUGGCCAUUUCCGGCAAUCCUCUUUGGCGGACAUUCCCGCGACGCUGGCUCGAUAUCUUUGGCCAGAGAAUAAACGAGGUCUGGGAAGCCGCGCUGCGGGCUGUGAUGGGCGUGAUCGUUCUGAGACCCGGCAUCUCGCAGGCAGAGGUACGAUGGAGACUGCGCGCUGUUUACGAUAGACAGGAAGUCAACGAGACUCUAAGAUACCUUCUGCGAUCAGGCUUCCUCGAGCGGAGGCUUCCACCUGAUCUGCACGUGGACGAUUGGGAACUCGCAGCACCCAAUAAUAUGCUGGAAAAAAAGGUGAUGUGGUUCCUCGGUAAGAGACAUUGGUAUCAAGUGUAGAGGAGAUUCAGUUCCCCUAUCAUUAUUCAAUCAUUAUCGUAGUGAUGUUGUCAGAGACCAGGAAGCAACCGUUGUAACACUGG